UAUAGACGAUCUCUGAUGCUGUUCCGGCGCUUCCUGAUGCUGCAGGCAGCGUGCGACAGGACAGCCUGGGCUCCCGAGCUGGCAGCGGCAGCCAGGGGGACAGAGAUGGCUGCGUCCACGGAGCGGAGCCGAGGCGGCGGCGGCGGUGACGGUGGCGGAGGGUUUGCUGGGUGUCCGCGGACGGUGAAGCCUUGGCGGCGGUUGGCGGUGCUCCUGUUCUGUUUGUCCAGCCUGCCGGCGGUCACGGCGCUGGUGGAGGGCCUGUACUGCGGCACGGAGGUCUGCUACGAUGUGCUCGGCGUCACCCGGGAGGCCUCCAAGGCGGAGAUCGCCCGGGCUUACCGGCAGCUGGCCCGCCGGUACCACCCGGACCGGUUCAGGGCGGGAGAGCCCGGCUUGGAGGGAGAGACCCAGGAGUCCGCGCAUAAGAAGUUCCUGCUCGUCGCGACCGCGUACGAGACGUUAAAGGACGAGGACACGCGGCGGGACUACGACUACAUGCUGGACCAUCCUGAGGAGUACUACCAGCACUACUACGCCUACUACCGCCGACAGCUCACCCCCAAAGUGGAUGUCAGGGUCGUCAUCCUGGUCACCAUCUGUGCCAUCUCCAUCUUCCAGUAUUACAGCUGGCACAGCAGCUACAACGAGGCCAUCAACUACCUGGUGACGGUCCCCAAAUACCGAAUCCAGGCCACGGAGAUCGCCAAGCAGCAGGGGCUCCUCAACCGCACCAAGGAGAAGGGCAAAAACCGCCGCUCCAAAGAGGAGAUCCGGGAGCAGGAGGAGGAGGUGAUCCGUGACAUCAUCAAAAACAAGAUCGACAUUAAAGGAGGCUACCAGAAGCCCAACCUGUCGGACAUCCUGCUGUGUCAGAUCGUGCUCUCCCCUUACUACCUGACCAACUACGUGGCCUGGUACGUCUCCUGGGUUUACCGCUUCACCAUCUGCAGGGAGGAGUACGGAGACGAGGAGAAGCUCUACAUCAUCAGGAGGUACAUGAAGAUGUCUCAGUCUCAGUUUGACAGUCUGGAUGAAAACAGCAGACAGUCCUUCCUGGAGAAGCAGCUCUGGAUCAAAGAAAACUACGAGGUGUACAGGAAGGAGCAGGAGGAGGAGAUGAAGGUAAAGAUGGCGACCGACCCGAGGAUGAAGAGGUACCGCCGCUGGAUGAAGAACGAGGGACCGGGCCGGCUGACGUUCAUCGACGACUGACGGGCCCGCGAAGCACCGUCUGUAACAUACACACCUGCCUCAGUGCCAACAUACACGGGACAACACACGCCGUGCCGUGUGGAGAAACGCCUGUACAGAAAGAUUAACUAUGCCUGUUUAUAUAGCCAGAGAUAUUUUCAUAGCGAUCGGGCCUCAUAAAGGGGGGAUGACCAUGUGGAAUAAACUGUGAGCUAAGAAAUUUGAGUAAUUUUUUUUUUUUUAACACAAUGCUUUUUGUUUUUUCCCCUUUCCAAACCAAGUCCAUUACACCUUUAAUGAAGUUUAACGAUUCUUUUAAACUUUUAUUUCUGUCAUUUUCUCCAGCUGUUUUUACUUUUAUCCUGCUGGUGAAAACAGAUUGAUGGGUUUUGGCGGCUGAGUUUUUUUUUUUUUUUUUCUGAUUUCUGCUGGAUAACUGACAUCAUCCAGGUGAAAGGUGAUUAACGUAGUAACCAGAAGGCUGCCGGUCUGCCACAGCCAACAGUACAGUCAAAGUGCCCUUGGGUGAGGCAUUGGGUCGCCAUCUGCUCACUCUGUAUGCUGCUUUAGAGCAUCUGUUAAACGUCUGAAGUGUAAAAUAAGUGAAGAGUAUUUGCAUUUAUUGCUUUCGUGAUGAAUAAACCAGGGCCGGAGCGUAAUGUGAAAGAACAGUGACACUUUGCUUAAAUCCUCCCGUUCACUUUCUGACUCACAGCCAGAAGAGAGGAUGGAUAUCAGUUUGAACUGGAGGACGCUGAUAAACUGGUUUAAACGGAGGAUUUUCUCUGGGGAUUUGGUCUCCUCUGAUCUGUGUUGUUGAAGCUUUUCUAUCUUUAAAAAAAAAACGCAGAAGCAAAAACAGACGAGCAUCGUUCAGACGUUUGUGUAAAUCAGAAGCCAAAGUCACAACUGCGAGUAUGUGUAAAUUGUGCAGCAGCAGAUGUUUAUCGCCCAGGGAGUCUGUUCUUGUGGUUUCUGCUCCGUCUCCUCAGAAGUUCAGGUGACCGCCUACUGUUUACUGCAUUUUGCAACUUGGUUUUACUUAAAAAUUAUUUAUUGUUUUCACAUAUCAUUGGACUAUAUGUUGUCAUUUUUGUGCUGAGGUGGCAUUAAAGCUAAACUGUAACUACA